AUGUUCCACCCCUUCUCUAUCCUCCACAUCCCACCCCUCCUCAUAGCAACAGCCACAACCUUCGGCGGCCUCUGGCCCUUCAUCAACCCGCACUCCGCGCUCCUCGAAUUCGGUUUCCCAAAAGCAACCGCGACCUCCAAACCCGCUCAAUCAGUCAUGGUCGUCUGUUCCGCGCGUACCACCGCCACCGGGGCGUCUAUCUUCGCAUUCUACUAUAUGGGUGAUCUAAAGGCCGUGGAUGUCAUGUUGAUGGUUUUGGGAUAUGUCGGUGCGGUGGAUGCUUAUGUGUGUUACGGGGAGGGGAUGAGGGAUAAGGCUGUUUUGAGGGGGGUUGCUGGGGGGGUUAUUGCGCUUUGGGGGGUAACGGGGAUGACAGGGGGGUGGUAG